UUUUUCUGUCAUUUAAAAAUUUUGGCCAACGGAAAGUGAUACAACUUCUUUGUUCGUUCGGGAAAUACUGGUGAUUUAGGACCACCAGGAAUGAUGGGUCCACCCGGUUUACCCGGUCCACCUGGUAAAGCUGGUCAAAAAGGUGAUAAAGGUGAUCGUGGUGAUGGUAUUGCCGGCGCUAAUAUGGCUAAAAUGAGUUUUAUGAAAUCGCCUGAUUAUGAAGCAUUUGCUGAUCGUUCUGAAUUACCAUAUGUUCCUGGUCCACCGGGUCCGCCUGGACCACCUGGACCACGUGGACCACCAGGUCUUAAAGGAGAUUCAGGCCAAAAAGGAGAAUCAGGUGAUAAAGGUGAAAAUGGAUCAAUGGGUUUACCUGGACCACCAGGUCCAAAAGGAGAAUCAGCUACAAUUAAUCCAUUGAAUCCAACAGCACAGGCACGUCGUGCACGACAUCAAACACAUCAUAAUAAUCAUCGUUAUAAUUUCAACCAAAAUCAUCACAGCAACAAUCGUCGAACAAUUGCCUUUGAACAAUGAUGAUGAUGAACCAAAUGAUGGCCAAAAUUCAUUUCUAUUCAUUCAUUUCGUUCAAGCAAGCAAGCAAACAAACAAAAAUGAAAAUAGCAAACCUUUGAAUCAAAACCAAAAACC